AGGAACACAGUGUUACACGGGAUAAACUAGUUUAAAUAACGAGAUAGUAUUUUCUGUUGAAGCGGGGACAUUUAACAUAAGCCUGCUAGGUCAGUGAAUACGAGCGAAUGCAUUAAUACAUUGGAAGAACACAUUUGUCAAAGCAUCUUUACCUAGAGGCGCAUAACAGGAAGUAUCCAUGACAUGUGUUUUCUACACCUGCUCUCACUUUUAUGUGUUUGGCUGGUGGCUCCAUUCCCAGCAACUGGGGAUAGUCGAUACAAACAAGGGGACCCAGUGAUGAUGUAUGUAAAUAAAGUGGGCCCAUAUCACAACCCACAAGAGACUUAUCAUUACUACCAGCUUCCAGUAUGUGCUCCCGAGCAGAUCCGACACAAGAGCUUAACACUAGGAGAAGUGCUGGAUGGAGAUCGCAUGGCAGAGUCCAUGUACCAAAUUGCAUUUCGCCAAAAUGCGGAAAGACAAACUCUUUGUGAGAUGAAAUUAUCAGUCAACCAAGUAGAGGAACUACGCACAGCUAUCGAAGAAUUGUAUUAUUUUGAGUUUGUCUUAGAUGACGUUCCAAUACGGGGAUUUUUGGGUUACAUGGAAGAGAGUGGUUUUCUGCCGCACACUCAUAAAAUUGGACUGUGGUCUCACUUGGACAUUAACAUUGAAUAUAAUGAUGACAGAAUUAUUUAUGCUAAUGUCAGUGUACGUGAUGUCAAACCAUUCAGCUUGGAUGAUGUGAGGGAGCCACUUAGUCUGACGCACACAUAUAGUGUACGUUGGUUUCCAAGUUCUGUAACAUAUGAUCGGCGUGGAGAUAGGCUUCGGGAUUCAAGUUUUUUCCCCAAGAGCCUGGAGAUUCACUGGCUCUCAAUAAUAAACUCUAUGGUGCUAGUCUUUCUGCUCCUGGGUUUUGUUGUCAUCAUCUUAAUGCGUGUCUUGAAGAGUGAUUUGGCUCGGUAUAACCUAGAUGAAGAAGGAACAGAUGACAUGGACCAGGGAGACAACGGCUGGAAGAUCAUCCAUACAGAUGUGUUCCGCUUUCCACCAUAUAGAAGUCUCUUAUGUGCAGUCCUUGGUGUGGGUUUUCAAUUCUUGGCCUUGGGAACAGGUAUUAUAGUCAUGGUUCUUCUGGGUCUGUUUAAUGUGCACAGACAUGGAGCAAUCAAUUCUGCAGCCAUCCUACUCUACGCCCUCACUUGCUGUGUGUCUGGGUACGUGUCCAGUAAUUUCUACAGGCAACUUGGAGGAGAUCGUUGGGUUUGGAACAUCAUACUUACAACCAGCCUUUUCUCAGCACCCUUUUUCCUGACAUGGAGUGUUGUGAAUUCAGUGCACUGGGCCAAUGGCUCCACCCAAGCUCUCCCAGCAACCACCAUUCUGCUACUUCUCACUGUGUGGCUGCUAGUUGGUUUCCCUCUCACUGUAAUUGGAGGUAUCUUUGGAAAGAACAGCGCAGGACACUUUGAGGCUCCUUGUCGGACUAAGAACAUUUCCAGGGAAAUCCCUCGUCAACCCUGGUAUAAAUCUGCACCAGUACAUAUGGCGAUUGGAGGCUUCCUUCCCUUCAGUGCGAUCUCAGUGGAGCUAUAUUAUAUAUUCGCCACAGUUUGGGGCCGGGAACAGUAUACGCUGUAUGGAAUCCUGUUUGUUGUGUUUGCUAUCCUACUGAGUGUGGGAGCUUGCAUCUCUGUAGCUCUGACAUACUUCCAGCUGUCAGGAGAAGACUAUCGAUGGUGGUGGCGCUCAGUUCUAAGCACAGGGUCAACCGGAGCAUUUAUUUUUCUCUAUUCGGUAUUCUAUUACUGGCGCCGUUCUAACAUGUCAGGAGUGGUUCAGACUGUCGAAUUCUUUGGAUAUUCUUUUCUAACAGCUUAUGUUUUUUUCUUAAUGCUUGGGGCUGUCAGCUUUACCGCAUCACUUCGGUUUAUACGCUAUAUAUACAUAAACCUGAAGAUGGACUAAGAGGUUGUAUCAGCAGCAGCCUCUGUGCUUUAUGUACUACAUUUAUCAGUAUGGACUAAAUAUGGAAGAAGGGAAAUACUAUUUAUAGUUCGGUGAUAAAUGAUUUUGCAACAGUUGGGCAGUAUAAUUAUCUAGUAAUAGACUGUGAUCUGGAGAAUCCGAGAAGCACCAACAGCAUGGCACAGGCAUCAGCGACUAUGGGGCAUGUUAGCAUAAAGCUAUGUAAAUAAAGUGGCAUUAGAAUACAAUUUACUUUGCCACUUUAACUCCACGGUAAGCCUUUCAAAUCACAUGUACUGAGCAAAGCAAAUGGGUGGCAGUGUGUAAAAUUCUAGUGGUCAGAGGUGUUAGCUUGAAAACAAAGCAUCAAAGCAACUGGCACAAAAUUUUACAUUGCUUGCUCUAUGGUUUUAUUGCUUUACUAUAGUUAUUCAAAUGUGCACAGUGAAAAGCCUGGGUUAUCUUGAGUAGAAAAGCCUGCCAUUCUUAUUUUGAGCAUAUGAUUUCAUAAAUCCCAGACAUAAAAGCAUGUUUUUUUUUCCUGGAAAGGAUUAAAGUCACACUGGUACCAAUAAUAAUAAAGUUGCUAUUUCCCAGCUUGCCUCUAUGUGCAACUGAAGCCCUGGCACAAUAUCAGCAGAGGGCUGCUGUACCUAUUGCUCUAUGUAGAGGAGGUCAAUGCCAAUUCUAAAUUACCCAAUGCACUGCAGACUUUAUCAGUCUGCCCCAUAUUCUUCAGGACAAGCCUUUCUAUUUCAUUUCAGAUUACUGUUAUAAGGAAAAUGGGUGAUUUAGUUUCCCCCCCACAGUGAUUAGUAACUCCCUGGAUGCAGUAAAAAAAAAACUGCCCUAGUUUGAUUUUAUGGCAAUCACCACAUUGCAUUUUACAGCAAUUUGCCCCAUUAAUCUAUUGAUUGCCUAGACCACAAAACACUCAGAAUCACCCUGUGUUUCAUUGAACUUGGCUGCUGCCCGCAUUAUUAUAAUUAUCAUAUUAUAAUUAAUUGGAUCUUUUGGUGCCCCUGUAGGUUUCUUUUUCCUCUCCAUACUUUUCUUUCUAAAGCAAAAUAUUUUUUGGAUUGUUUUAACAGGCAGUCUCUUGUAUGCUCUCUGGAAAUCUGUACAAUAUAUUUAUAUAUUGGUUUUUCUUUUUACAUAAUAAAUAAUCAUGUUUUUUUUUUC